GAGGAUCAAUUUUUAACCUGAAAAGUAGAAAAGCAAACUCGGUCUACUACGUUGUGGUGAAGGACAUAUGACUUCCACGAAGAAGUGGACUCGAAACCAUUUCUAACCGUCGUGUUUUUCUAUUUCACCGCUUUCAGUGCAGGUUCUUAUCUUUUUAUCUGGAUUACUUUCUGUCCCCCACAAGGUGAAGCUCAACACCAUGACACUUUUCUUGACCCACACGACCUCCAAGUUUCUGAAAAUGCGACUUCCAAUAAGCGAGUAGUUUUCAUCACCCCCCACGACUCCAACUAUUUCAGCUGCUAUUCAUCGAUUUGAUCUUCAGUUUUAUUUCCUGAAGCAAGAACUAAUUUGGUUUCCGCAGCAGCCCCAAAGAAACCCGCACACCAUGGUCAUGGCCCCCCAAAGCCGUCCCCAUCAAAAUGGAGUUGCGAGUCACCCGACAAAUCCUCUGUCCGACGCCACCAUUCUCCGUGAACUCCAAAGCUUAAAACGGGAGGAGCACUACGCGAUUUUCGCGAAAAAGCGCAAAAAGGCCCUGCCAAUCGUCGUGGUAACCGGUUUUCUCGGUAGCGGAAAAACCACUUUGCUUCGCCAUGUCUGCAACAAUCGGUUGAAUUUACGCCUUGCGACCUGUGUCCACGAGGCGGCCACGGUGAACAUUGAUUCACAUUUAAUCGCAGGGGACAAGGCGAGAAAAAAUGAAGGUGUUUCAAAUCUUCGCGAAGAGGACGGGAAUAUUUGCAAAACGCCGGACGACGACGUCGAGGAGGACAAAAACUAUCAAAACGACACAAAUAAAACUCUUGGUGUCCACCGCCACGGCGGCCAACAAGGGACCAACUAUACGACCAGCAACCAUGACUUCGCAAUUUCCGGCCGCUCUCUGAACGGUUUUUUCAAGGAUAAAUCCGACCACGGCCUUUUCGCGCAGAUUAAGCACCAGGGGUGGGUCAUCCCCUUGCACGGCGGCGGCUGCUGCGGGUGCGACCGCGCGAAUUAUGAAUCUUCGCUGACGAGCACGUUGAAGAUUUUUUUGACCGAGGGGAUCGAUGAGGGGAAUCUCGACUACGUUUUGCUGGAAUUGUCCGGGGCGGAGGACCCAUUUCGCGUCUGCGACAUGAUGAACAAAAGCUUUGGGAGCCUGUACCGGGUGCGAUUAGACCAAGUGGUUUGCGUCAUCGACUGCUCAGAAGUGUUGGAGUAUGAUGAAGCGAAAAUGGAGCUGGUCUUCCGGCAGCUGGAAAACGCUGAUUCGCUGGUUUUGAACAAACUGGAGUUUUUGCUGGAGGAGGUUUAUGGGGCUGGGGCGGGAAGUUGUGAUAAAAGGACGAGUCGUCCGACAGAAGGCGGAGACAGUGCCCUUGAGCCUGUUGGCCCCGCUAGCACCGACAGCUCUCCGGAAGACGGGUCGUUUUUCAUCUGCGAGGAGAUUGUCUCGCCAGAAGAAGAGGAAAGGAGAAGAGACGAAUUGGUCGAGAGGAUUUUGAAGAAACUCAACAUUGCAACAUCUUCGGGGAAAAAUCUAUCAUCCUCUCCCACCUCUCUGCCAAUCACCAUCGCAGGGGCCAUGAUGCGGGACGUGGCGAUUUCCAAAAUUCUCGCGGUUACCAGCACGAAUUCCGAUCACACCGGCGCUAGAGUGGUGUCACACGAACAGAGCGAGACGCUGAAAGUGUUAGAUCCGUAUUUGAAUGAGGAACCGAGCGAUGAUGAGGAUGAGGAUGAUCAUGCUGCUGGCGAUUUCACCGGAGCCGCAGGCGAUGGAAAUCUAGCAGCGACAAAUACAGCAUCAAUUUCAUCGAAGAAAAUAAAGCGCGAAAAACGCCGUGAAGAAAACGAGGUCGCGCUAGACCAUUUGAUACCGCAAUUUGGAACCUUGGACUACAACAAGUCCUUGACCUCGUUGGAAAUAGGGAACGUCUUGCGGUUCCUCAGCGGGUUGUCGGCGAGAUUCACCAGCACCAAACUGGACGGGAAUUCUCACGCAGCGACGACGACGAGUACCACCAUCUCAAUAUGGCGCGCCAAGGGUGUGCUGCAUGUGGGAAAGCAGAAGUGGGUGUGGAAUUUGAGCGGGGAUUACCGGAUGGAUUUGACCGUGGAAGAUUGGGAAAACGGGAUCACGCCCUACUCAAAACUGACGUUGAUCGGGACCAAUUUGGACAGAGCAGGCGUGAGUGAAGAGGAGAUUGCGGAGGAGUUAGAGGGGCCUGCAAGCUGCGCGGCAUCUUCAGCAAAUGCAGCACCGCAGAGCAGUUCAAAGGUAUUGGAGCGGUUACGAGAGGUAGCGAGUGUUGAAGACGACCUGCUGGCGCAAGAGGCUGCCGUCGCAACUCCAUCAGCAGGCACAUCCUCUGAAAGGAAAAAUUCUCUUGUCUCUUUCUCCAUCCGCGUCCGUACUCUCUUCCCUUAUGACCGAACAAAGCCGCUCGAGCCAGAUGUUGACUUUUUCAACCGCACAGGAAAAUCGCCCGAUUCUUUCCCUGCCUUCUUCGCCCAGCAAGUCGCGGAUCAGUGGAACAGACGGAAGGAAACUUUGUUUCGAACGACAGUUGGAGAAGAGAAAUAUGCUGGGAAGCCAGUGAUCGCGGCGGUUGGGGGGAGAAUUUUCUUCUGCUGCAACCAGCAGUGGUCGGAAGCGGCCGUUGCGCUGCUGGUAGAGGAUAUCCGGAAACAGGGACUGCACGAAUUUCGAUUUGUGAAACUGUAAAUGAAGUGGAUAAGUAUUGAAGUAGCGACGAAUGAAGCAGCGAAAUUGUUGGCGCGAUUUAUUUGCCAGUCUUCCUCUGGCUUGCCACAGCUCCCGCAGCGGCCUUUUCAGUGCUGCGGCACCGACUCCUUGUUCAGGACAUGUAUACGAAAUUACGACGAUAAAUGUGCAAGUUCUUCACUAAAUGCUUUUGAGUGCAAGCUGGUGCGC